CUGCAUGGGGUGCUGGAACAAUACAAAAGAAAACCACUCUUCAAAAAUCUCUCAUUUUCAAUUCAAUUUCCUCUACUACAAUUGAUACUCUCUUUGAUUCAUCUUUCUCUCUGUGGGGUUGCCUUCUGUUUCCCCUUUUCCCCUCUCUCACACCUCAAUUUCAACCCCAUUUUCACCAAUCAAUGCUUCUUUUUCUUUCUCAUACCCUUUUUCAACCCUUCUUCCCACUUUUUUGUCCAUCUUUUCCUCUCAAUUCUCUCAAUUUCCUCUUCCAAACAUGCCAUUCUAGGGUUUUAAUACACAUUACCUGUUCUUUCUUUAAAUUCCGUUCAAAAAACAACCCUUUAUGGCCGCCGCUACUCCUACGGCGGCUACAAAGUUCAUCAAGUGCGUCACGGUUGGAGAUGGCGCUGUUGGGAAGACUUGUCUUCUCAUUUCUUACACUAGCAACACUUUUCCGACUGAUUAUGUUCCUACUGUUUUUGACAAUUUCAGCGCCAAUGUUUUGGUUAAUGGGCAGUCUGUGAAUUUGGGUCUCUGGGACACUGCUGGUCAAGAAGAUUAUAGCAGGCUAAGACCUUUGAGUUACAGAGGAGCUGAUGUUUUCCUUCUUGCCUUUUCUAUUAUAAGUCGGGCCAGCUUUGAAAAUAUAUCAAAGAAAUGGAUCCCAGAGUUAAGGCAUUAUGCCCCAUCAGUACCCAUUAUUCUUGUAGGGACCAAACUAGAUCUGAGAGAAGACGAGCAAUUCCUUUUGGACUAUCCUGGGGCAUGUACAAUAUCAACGAAACAGGGGGAGGAACUUAAGAAGCUUAUUGGAGCAGUGACAUACAUCGAGUGCAGUUCAAAGACCCAACAGAAUGUAAAGGCUGUAUUUGAUGCUGCAAUCAAGGUGGUUCUUCAACCUCCAAAAACCAAGAAGCCAAAGAGAAAACUCCCAAUCUGCAAUUUUCUAUAAUCAUGUUUAAUUAAGCCUCUCUCCAAUACUUGUUUCAUUUAUUGAACUUCCCAUAUCACUUGUAAUUGAACCAUGUAGGUUAAAUUUUAUGAUCUUUGGGGUGUAUGUUAACAAUUAUGUUACUGUAUCGUAAUAUAUCAAUUAUUUGAAGGUGGGAUAUUUGAACAUAUGAUCGUAUCGUUGAGGA